UCUCUUCCUCUUCAUAUAUGUAAUAGAAGGUGUCAAAACACUUCAACUUUAGGCUCCAUCUCAAAAAAAUGGGUGGUUUAGCUAGCAAUCUUCCUCUAAUUGUUAUGGUGGGUCUGCAAAUUCAUUAUGCAGCACUUGCUAUAUUCACAAGAGCCGCUUUGUUAGAUGGAUUGAGUACGACGGUCUUUGUAGUGUACAGGCAAGGCAUAGCCACUUUGGCUUUGGCGCCUAUGUUUUUCUCUCCUAAGCGGAGACAAUCAGUGAAAGAUUCUUUGGGAUUCAGGAGCUUCUUUUUGAUGUUUGUGACCGCUCUUGUUGGAGUCACAGCAAAUCAGAAUGCAUACUUUAAAGGUUUAUUUUAUGCAUCCUCUACUGCAGCUACCGCUAUGAGUAAUCUGAUACCAGCAUUAACGUUUGUAAUUGCGGCAAUUGCGGGAUUUGAGAAAGUUGACAUAAGCUUAAGAAGCACGGCCAAGAUAUUAGGGACAGUUUGUUGCGUCGCUGGAGCCUUAACCAUGGCUUUGGUCAAAGGACAGAAGCUGUUACACACAGAGUUCCUUCCUUCUAUACAUCUUACUGGCAGUGAAGGUGACGAUUGGCUGCUGGGUUGUCUAUUGCUCUUAGCAAGCAGUGUUUUCUGGUCUUGUUGGAUGAUCCUGCAGGUACCGAUCGCUUCGUGCUGCCCAGACCAUUUAUCAUCAACCUUUUGGAUGUGUCUGUUUUCAACAAUACAAGCUGCCCUAUUUGCCCUUCUUUCAGAGUCGGAUCUUCAAGCAUGGAUUCUACAAUCACCUUUACAGAUAUCAUGUUCUUUAUAUGCAGGAAUCGGAAUAGCGGUUAGCUUCUUCAUUCAAUCAUGGUGCAUCUCAGAAAGAGGUCCCCUGUACUGUGCAAUGUUCAACCCUUUGGCAACAGUCAUAACUGCUUUGAUAAGUGCAACAUUCCUACAGGAAGAGGUGUACGUUGGAAGUUUGGUAGGUGCUGUUGGAGUUAUUGCUGGUUUAUAUAUUGUGCUUUGGGGUAAAGCCAAAGAGUUUGCUGAGAUUAAACCAGAGGCGGCACCACAAUCAUCAAACUUACAAGAUGAUCAUGAUAUAAGUAGUAGGAUAGAUUUGGAACAACCCCUUCUGUCAGAGAAAUUGUCCGAACAUGUAACAGAAGCAGAUAGCAAGGUGUAGCCAUGCAUGAUGAUUGAACCAAUAUAUAUAUAUAGAAGUUUUGGUGAAGUUUUGAUCAUUGCAGAAUUGAAGAAACUGAAACAUGGAACAAGUUGCAGCUUAAACAAACUUGGCUUAGUUCCUUUCACCAAAAUUUCUAACUAUAGAGUGUGAAAAUAAAUUCAAGCUCAUGGCCUGGACUUGGAGUAAUGGUAAUUAUGUAAAAGUGAUAAUAUGUCUUAGGAGAAAAAAUAUAUGAAUUAAAUUUUGUUUCCUUCCAUCUCGUUUUCUUACCUAGCUCCGUUCUUCCUAUUAUGCUAGGAAAAUUAGGAAUUCUGCGCUGCACCCGUAGUUUUCAUGUUUUUUUUUUCUUCAUUAGUAAAUUACUUCCAUCA